GGUAGAAAUACCUCUUUCUGGUUUUACAGUAGCCAAUCAUCGACAGGACACGAACUUUGGGAAACCACAAUGUCUGACGAGAAGUUUAAUUUCAAGUCACUAGUGACUUGCACUGCUCCCGUAAAUAUUGCUGUCAUUAAGUACUGGGGGAAGAGGAAUGAGGGUUUAAUUUUACCUAUCAAUUCCUCCUUGAGUGUCACCCUUCAUCAAGACCAGCUAAAGACAACAACAACGGUGGCUUCAAGUCGGCAUUUUAAGGAGGAUCGAAUCUGGCUUAAUGGCAAAGAGGACAAUAUCAACCAUCCACGGCUCCAGUCCUGCUUGAGAGAAAUCCGUCGCCUGGCCAGGAAACGAAGCAGUGAUGGAGACAAUAACUCUGAGAAGUUAAACCUGUCCCACAAAGUUCACAUCUGCUCCGUAAACAACUUUCCAACAGCCGCGGGGUUGGCAUCCUCUGCAGCAGGCUACGCUUGCCUGGUGUACACGCUAGCCAGGCUUUAUGGAGUGGAGGGGGAGCUGUCUGAAGUGGCUCGCCAGGGGUCGGGCAGUGCCUGCAGGAGUAUGUACGGGGGCUUUGUGCAGUGGAUCAUGGGAGACAAGCCUGAUGGAAAGGACAGCAUCGCAGAGCAGAUACAGCCAGAGACUCACUGGCCUGAGCUCCGAGUCCUUAUACUGGUGGUGAGUGCAGAGCGGAAGCCAGUAGGAAGCACAGCUGGAAUGCAGACAAGUGUCCAAACCAGCCCCCUCCUAAAGUAUCGGGCAGAGUCUGUUGUUCCUGAACGGAUGAAAGAGAUGAUUGCUGCAAUCCGACGGCGGGAUUUUGAAACAUUCGGAGAACUGACCAUGAAAGACAGCAACCAAUUCCACGCCACCUGUCUGGACACAUACCCUCCCAUCUUCUACCUGAAUGAUGUGUCCAAGCGCAUCAUCAGCCUAGUGCAUCGCUACAACACUUACUACGGAAGGACGCAACUUGCGUACACAUUUGAUGCUGGCCCGAACGCUGUGGUGUACAUGCUGGAGGAGCACGUGGAUGAGUUUGUGGAGCUGAUCAAGCAAUACUUUCCCCCAGAGACCAAUGGUGAACAGUUCCUAAAAGGGCUGGCAGUGAGCCCAGUGUCUGUAACAGAGGAGCUGAAAUCUGCCAUUGGGAUGGAGUCGUGCCCCAGAGGAAUCAGUUAUAUCAUUAACACAAAGGCAGGACCAGGCCCUCGGGUUGUAGAAGAUACAAGCCUCCACCUGCUGGGCUCAGACGGGCUUCCAAAGCACUUGAAGCAAAGUGCCUGAGCACUGGCCUCCAGAAUGUAUAGCCAGGAUCCCUGCAAAUCAUGUCAUUGAACAUUGAAUACAGUUUUACUGAAAGAAACAAACUACCAAGUGGAACCUGGCAGAGUAAUAUUGUGUAUUUCAUAGUAAUAAGUGCAGCAUAUACAUUAUAAUUAUCAGGUGAUUCUAAAGCAAACACUCUUCUUAAAAAGGGGGAGACUAUGUAUUUGUGUUGCUGUUUAUAUAUACAGGGUGUAUUUAUUGAUUUGCAGGGCACGUUCAUUGAUGGUUUACCCAUUAAUGCCUCAAUUGUGUUACUGCUGUAGGUGAUUGAUUAGUUUUACUUUGAAACCUAAUGAAGGUACCACAGACUGGUGUUUAACAUGGAGCUCUCUAUAAUGGUUUCCAAUAUAUUUUGCUUUGUAUUUUUUCAUCCUUACAGCCUGGUCUUUUAUGGUCUUAUGUAACCAUUUAUUAUUAGGACUCUUGCAUUCACCGAAGACUACCUUUUAUUUCCUUAACAAAGCACUAGAGGCUAAAAAACACGUGUUGCUUUUUUAACAUAGGGAUUUAUUACUAAUGAUUUACCUAUAGUAAAUACCCAUGUAUAUUUUGUUGCGGCCUUCUACCAACUUGUAUGUUUAAUUACUAGAAGCAUAAUAUGACUGUGGUGCUCUAUUUUCUACUGUUGCGUUUGGAAUUAUUUAAAGAUACAGAUGAAAUACAGCCUACUAAUUACUGUUCCAGCACAUUUUCAGCUCCUUUGCAUAAAGCAUGCAUGCAAAUUAUUUAACAAUCGGGGAAUACUUGAUGAGAAGUUACAACAUUUUGCACAGUAAAGUGUCUUCGUUUGGGGUAAUUCAAAUAGUGUUGUUUCUUUGUAGCAGGAGUGAAACCUGACUUUUUUUUAUUAUUUUUUAUUAGUAGUUGGAGGUAUUUGAGCAAGUCACACCUACCCCUUGUGGUUUUACUGGAUGUGUAACUGUACAUUUUAAACACCCUUCAUUUAUUUUGUAAUUAUUGUGUCUUUUCUGUUAUUGUGUAUGAUUGAAAAUGUAUUGAAACAAAUUGACUCUGGACCCCCACAACAUGCAAAUAAAGAGCUUUUCUAUAACAGACAGAAAUAAAGAUGUAUUUGUGUA